AACGCAUCUACUUUCCAAAAACACUUUUGUGUAAUUGUCCUAAAACACUCUCGCCUGACGUACAAAGACUGCAAAAAACGUAUCCAUCCAAUUCUCUCCCCAAAAGAAUAAUCAAAAUUGUUUCUGUUACAAAACCAAAGCUAAUCUAUUACACCCAGUAAUUGAUUUUUUUGUUCUUCAUUUGUAACACAACAAAUACUUUUUUCAAGAAAAGGCAUCGGUACAUAUCUUGUUUCAGCUGUAGUUGUUGAAAGGGUGCAGGGAUUUCGGGUUCAGGUUGCUGAAUUUUGGUGGAGCAAUUCCUGUUUACUCUACCAUGUGCAAAGAAGGAAGAGGGAUAGUGGUCGCAUCUGUAGAAAGUAGCUGAGGAGAUAUCACACAGGGAACAGUUUUGCCCAGGUUGACUUUCAAAAAAUAACAGUUAUCACCAUCACUUCAGUAUUUCCUGAUUGAGGUAGAUGCGAGCUUGACCGUAAUGUCUGUACUCAUCGAAGGGCUCCCUGAUGCUGUUGCACUCAGGUGUCUUGCACGGGUUCCGUUAUAUCUUCAUCCCAAACUAGAACUUGUUUCCCGUUCCUGGCAAGCUGCUAUUCGAAGUCGCGAACUAUUUAAGGCAAGAAAGGAGGUCAAUUCAUCUGAAGAAUUUUUAUGUGUCUGCGCCUUUGACCCUGAUAAUUUGUGGCAGCUUUACGAUCCUAUGCGUGAUCUUUGGAUUACCCUCCCUGUUCUUCCCUCGAAUAUCAGACAUCUUGCUCACUUUGGUGUGGUCUCUACUGCUGGAAAACUCUUUGUUCUAGGUGGUGGCAGUGAUGCUGUGGAUCCAUUAACUGGUGACCAAGAUGGGAGUUUUGCCACUGAUGAGGUAUGGUCGUAUGACCCGGUAACCAGAGAAUGGAGUCUCUGCGCAUCUAUGAUUGUGCCUCGUGCCAUGUUCGCUUGUUGUGUGUUUGAUGGGAAGAUAGUUGUUGCAGGGGGUUUUACUAACUGCAGAAAAUCAAUAUCAAGAGCGGAAAUCUAUGAUCCCGAGAAUAAUGUUUGGGAUCCGAUCCCUGAUCUCCAUCGCACACACAACUCUGCAUGCUCGGGAGUGGUUAUUGCCGGUAAAGUUCACGUAUUGCACAAAGGUUUGUCAACUGUUCAGGUUCUGGAAAAUGUGAAGCAAGGUUGGACAGUCCAUGAGUAUGGUUGGCUCCAAGGCCCCAUGGCUGUCGUUAGGGAUGAGCUUUAUGUACUGAGUCAUUGGCUCAUUUACAAGCAGGAAAGAGAAACACGGAAGAUGGUAGUUUCGGCAUCUGAAUAUCGUAGAAGAAUUGGUUUUGCAAUGAUAGGUCUGGGAGAUGAUAUCUAUAUCGUUGGAGGGGUUAUUGGACCAGAGCGCUGGAAUUGGGACAUUAAAUUGAUUUCUGAUGUUGAUGUUCUGACGCUCGGAAGUGAGAGGUCAGUGUGGCGUCAAGUUAAUCCAAUGACAAGGUGUAGAGGAACGAUCCUUGGCUGCACGCAGAUGAGAAUAUAGGUCAUGCAUAAUGAAUUGAAUUUCGUUGCAGUUUUCUUUGGAUAAACUGCUUCAAAGAGGGUUUGAGUUGUGCUGGCAAGGUGCUAGGUGUGAGAUGUAUCUUUCUGGCCGCUUCCUUACCUCGCAUGUAGAAUCCUCUUUGCUCAUAGCUGUUGGUUUUUGAAGUGAAGCUCUGUUCAUACCUUGAAUACUGGCAAUUUUAACAUGAAAAAUACAUGUAUUUGCAUCAAGGUUUCUCUAAAAUUUUGGAGAUAAAUUAGCUCGUUGCGCUACUUGAUUCUUUUCUAUAAAAGCAGUGGGCAUGUUUUGUCUUAUUUUCAAUCAAGUGUACCUUAAUCUUUCUUUUUGGUGAUUUCCUGUUAGUCAAAUGAACAAAAAAGUCCAUGUAUUAGAACCAAAUCAUAGUUCAGCUUCAGCCACAGGAUGUGUUAGUGGUGCAAGUUGUGAGGAGUCUUGGCCUCGGGUAAAGCUGGAGCAUUAUUGCAUUCUCGUUACAGGAAUGAGUGCACUCCAGUAGGAGGCUACCUUUAUAAUCAGUUAUCGUUGAAAUUGAGUUUGGAUGUA